UGCGCCACUACCCCAGAUUGCAUCACGUGAUUUCUGAUUUCUCAGCCACAGACUGCCUCCGACUUUCUCUGCUCACCUCGCCGCUCACCUUGCACACCCAUUGCACGCCUAUCCAUACUCCCGCCCACCUCCACAACCGCCAUGGAUGCACCCGUCGUCAAGUUCAAGAAACGAGGAGCCAAGGCCGCGCCUCGCAAAGUCGCGCCUCCGCCACCGCAGUCUGAUUCAGACUUCUCAUCCGGCUCCGACGCAGAAGGCGAAGACGGCCGUGUAGUGAAGCGGCGAAAGGUCAACGACAAUGCGCUCAAAGCCUCUACCGCAGACCAGAAGACAAACAACACCAUCGAGGGCACAACACAAUACGCCGCCAACACCUCUGCGGUAAUUGAAGCAAGCAACGAUGCGACAAAACAGUCCAACUGGUACGAGGAAAAGGCCGACGAUGCUCUCAGCUCCAAGAAUCUGUUGGGUAGUACGCGCACGAAGCCCUCUUCGCUCAUCGAAAAGAACCCCGACGCGCCGACGCGCCAAGUAGGGCCCGUCAAGGCAUCCACCAACAUUCGAACAAUCACCGUCACCGACUAUACACCAGACGUGUGCAAGGACUACAAGCAGACGGGUUUCUGUGGUUUUGGCGACAACUGCAAGUUUCUGCACGCUCGUGAAGACUAUGCAGCAGGCUGGAAGCUCGACCGCGAGUGGGAAAUGUCCACCAAGGGCAAGAAGCCCAGCGGCACCGUUGUCGCGUCUGCCAACCGGGACGCCCAAGAAAAAGACGAAGACGGCAUCGACCUGGCGCUUUUGGAAAAGAUACCGUUCGCCUGCAUCAUCUGCAAGAAGCCGUACAAGACGCCUAUCAUAACAAAGUGUGGACACUACUUCUGCGAAGCAUGCGCUUUGAAGCGAUACCGAAAGGACCCGACAUGUGCGGCGUGCAGUGCAAAGACAUAUGGAGUGUUUAACGGUGCAAAGAACCUACAAAAGCUACUGGAGAAGAAGCAGAAGUGGGAGGACAAGAAGAAGGCCGAGGCGGAAGAGAAGGCAAAGGAGGAGGAAGGGGGUGACUGAGCAUGCAAUGGACGAGAAGCGAGCAAAACAAGGUGAAUGCCAAAGAAUCAGUUGCGGCACGGUGCAGCGACAGAGCUGACAUUCUGACUUGAGCCUCGGCUUGCCUGUCUAGUGUGCCGGUGGUGCUUCCCGCUUCCAACGCCAAAGAGUUAGUUGGUCACGCUGUGGUGAGCAACGGCGCUGCUUUUGGUUCAUGUCAACGAACCAAGCAAUACCGUCGACGCUAGCUUCAGGGUGUUCUAAGCUCGGGUAGUGGAGAGCACCGACUAUUCGAGCCACGCGUAGUACAGCUAAGCACAUGGUUCACGCAUCGAUCCAACGUGGGUAGGGCGACAUUUUCAGAGCAUAUCGAUAGAGGCAUGGGAAGCAAGUGUUGAGACAUGCUAUGACUGGCCCAGAAGGACGUAUGGAUAUAUGUAUACUAUGUAGAGUGCGCUCAACAGCUCAGACGUGAAUAGCUAUUCGUCUACAAACCAACAAAGUUCAGACACUGUUCCCAA